AUGGAGGAAACACCGUUAGUAGUCGAUAAUGGCUCAUAUGAAAUCAAGUUUGGGCCAGCUAGUGUUGGAGAGCCAUAUAGGGCGUUGAACUCAAUUGCUAAAGACAAAUACGGCAAUUUUCACCUCUCAAAUCAGGUUCGCACAUUAAAAGAUAUAUCUUCAGUUUCCUUCAAGAGACCGCAUGAGUUAGGUCAGUUGGUAUCAUGGGAGCUGGAGACGCAAAUAUGGGACUACUGUUUUUACAACCCAGAUGGGUUCCAAGGUUGGAGCUUAGACACCACUAAAGGAAGGCCUUUGGUGGCAUCAGAGGCUUGUAUGACGAUACCGGAGCUAAGUAAGAAUAUGGAUCAGGUGGUUUUCGAAGAGUAUGAGUUUUCCUCAAUGUUCAAAGCACCCAUCCCGGUUUUUGUGCCCUUUUCUACGAAUAGCGAGACUACCGAUGUGUUUCAGGUCAAGGAGGAUAUGUCCACGGACAACGGAGCUACAUUGGACCAGAUAGGUCAGGAAGGGAUGGCUUAUAGGGAUUUUCAGCUCGUGAUAGACUCCAGUUACAAUUGCACAUGGGUUGUACCUGUGAUCAAAGGGGUUCCGUACUACAAGGCCGUCAAGAAGCUGGACAUUGGAGGUCGAUUUCUAAAUGGCUUUCUGCGAGAAACACUUUCAUUUCGUCAUUAUAACGUAAUGGAUGAAACUUUACUUGUGAACAAUAUCAAGGAGAAAUGCCUCUUCAUGAGCCCGAGCUCAUAUUUUGACAGCUUUCAAACAAAACUGAAGACGGCUAAAGAGUACGUACUACCGGACUUCAGCACAAGUUUCCAAGGGUAUCUGAAGAAAGCGGACCAGCGGCUCCCUGACGACUCCCAGACAAUUGUACUGGAGGACGAAUUGUUUUCCGUUCCCGAGACUUUCUUCCACCCAGAGAUCGCGUCGCUUCUCAAUCCCGGAAUUAUAGAGACCAUACUCGAGAGUAUAUCCAUGUUACCGGAGGCUUUCCGCCCUCUGAUGGUGGGAAACAUCGUGGUCACGGGCGGAAACUUUAAUAUACCGAAUUUUGCAUCGAGGCUCACUACAGAGCUACAACGCCAGUGUCCCACGGACUGGUCCUGUCGGGUUUUUGUGUCUCAAGGUGAUGCAAGUACUUUUGGAUGGCAUUGUAUGAAAACGUUCUCCGGCACACAGAGUUAUCGCGAUUCCCGUGUGACGCGGGAAGAGUACUACGAGCAUGGGGUGGAUUGGUGUACCUCGAAACGAUUCGGCUAUCAGGCAUGGCUAUGA